AUGAUAUCACUUUCUAAUGGAGAAACAUCGGCAUAUGAUCAUAUUUUCACAAGAGUAAGCAAUAUAGAUGUAGAUAAUUUAUCAAAUGAUGAUCCAUUAUGUAUUGGAAUCAUCGAUCUUAGUUCGGAUAAAUAUAAUAUUGCAGAAAGUGAUCUCAAAUCCCUUGUUGGAAAGAAGGCUAACAUAAGAAAUCUGAGUAAAGAUAUUUCUGUAAAGAAUAUUUGCUAUGAUUUUAUAUCAAAGAGAAAUGAGGUGCAUAAAUGGCGGAAAUUUGUACUGUCUUCAAGAGAAAUUGUAAUGCACGAUCAAUGGGUUGAAGAUGAUUAUACUAGGAAACAUAUAACAAGUGAAAUUAAGUUGGAUACGCUUCAAAGAGUUUCUAGGGGUUCAGAAAAUACAUUAGUGGAGAUCAUUGCUUGUUUAAUAGAUAUGACUAUGUACCAUUUACCUGUGGAUUUUGAGGUUGAAGUUACCAGAUCAAGAGGUGAUAAACCUGAUAUUAUGAUUCGUGCUUAUCUUUGUCAGAAAUGGGAAGAAAUUGUAUUCUUUGAAAGUGGAAAAUGGGAUUCUGACAAUGACAAGAUUAUUCAUGAUCAUAAUAAAUUGGUGCAACUCUGUUUAGAUGGAUCUAAGGAACUUGUAAAGAGAUGCGCAAAAGAAGCUUUUUAUAGAAAUUAUAUAGGAUUCGGCAUCAAUAUUGCAGGUAAGUAUCUUGAAAUUCAUGGAUUGAUAAAGGAAAAAGGGGUAAAAUACCAUCUCCCAGUUGUUAAAGCAAAAAUACCCUUGGGUAAAGAAUCAGUUGGAGAAGUAGAGGAGUUCGUUCAUGCCCUGUUGCUUUUGCGG